UCUUUUUCGGGCGCCCGGGGGCGGAGGGAGGGGAGCGCGCGUGCGCGCGCCCGCCGUCCGUCGCCGCGGUGACCGUCCUCGGAGUCCGUCGGCUCGCGCCCCGCCCCCGUUCUGCUGCCCCCUCCCCUGUGGCGCGCGGGGGGUGUUUCUCGCUCCUCCCGAGUUGCCGCCGCCGUCGCCGCCGCUCCUCCUCUCCCAGUCUUGGGUUUCCCAGGCGUUGCUGCCGCCGCUACCUCUGCGGUCUGUAUGAGGAGGAGGAGGAUGUGAAGAUGGCGGAGCUGCAGAUGCUGCUGGAGGAGGAAAUCCCGGGGGGCCGCCGGGCCCUCUUCGACAGUUACACGAACCUGGAACGGGUGGCAGAUUACUGCGAGAACAACUACAUCCAGUCAGCAGAUAAGCAGCGAGCUCUAGAAGAAACCAAAGCCUACACCACCCAGUCCUUAGCAAGUGUUGCCUAUCUGAUAAAUACCUUGGCCAACAAUGUCCUACAGAUGCUGGAUAUUCAGGCAUCCCAGCUGCGAAGGAUGGAAUCUUCAAUCAAUCAUAUUUCUCAAACUGUUGAUAUUCAUAAAGAGAAAGUUGCAAGAAGAGAGAUCGGUAUUUUGACUACCAAUAAAAACACUUCAAGGACACAUAAAAUUAUUGCUCCGGCCAAUCUUGAACGACCAGUUCGUUAUAUUAGAAAACCUAUUGACUAUACAAUUCUAGAUGAUAUUGGACAUGGAGUAAAGUGGUUGCUUAGAUUUAAGGUGAGUACCCAGAAUAUGAAGAUGGGUGGGCUGCCGCGUACGACACCUCCAACUCAGAAACCCCCCAGUCCCCCCAUGUCAGGGAAGGGGACACUUGGGCGGCACUCCCCCUAUCGCACACUGGAGCCAGUGCGUCCUCCAGUGGUACCAAAUGAUUACGUACCUAGCCCAACCCGUAAUAUGGCUCCCUCGCAGCAGAGCCCUGUGAGGACAGCUUCUGUGAAUCAAAGAAAUCGAACUUACAGCAGCAGUGGGAGUAGUGGAGGAAGCCACCCGAGCAGUCGGAGCAGCAGUCGGGAGAACAGCGGAAGCGGGAGCGUGGGGGUUCCCAUCGCUGUUCCCACUCCCUCUCCUCCCAGUGUCUUUCCAGCCCCUGCUGGCUCUGCUGGUCCUCCUCCCCUUCCUGCUACUUCUGCAUCCGCCCCUGCCCCUCUUGUUCCUGCUACUGUCCCUUCCUCCACCGCCCCAGAGGCUGCUGCUGGGGGGUCCCAGACCCUUGCUGAUGGCUUCACUUCUCCAACUCCCCCUGUUGUUUCUUCCACUCCCCCGACAGGUCAUCCUGUUCAGUUCUAUAGCAUGAACAGACCCGCCUCUCGCCAUACUCCUCCAACAAUAGGGGGCUCAUUGCCCUAUAGACGCCCUCCUUCCAUAACUUCACAGACAAGCCUUCAGAAUCAGAUGAAUGGAGGACCUUUUUAUAGCCAGAAUCCAGUAUCUCUUGCUCCUCCUCCUCCCUCCAUCCUACAGGUAACUCCUCAGUUACCUUUAAUGGGAUUUGUGGCCAGAGUCCAAGAAAAUAUUUCAGAUACACCACCUCCACCACCACCUGUGGAAGAACCGGUCUUUGAUGAAUCCCCUCCCCCUCCUCCUCCCCCAGAAGAUUAUGAAGAGGAGGAAGCAGCUGUGGUUGAGUAUAGUGAUCCUUAUGCUGAAGAGGACCCACCAUGGGCUCCAAGAUCUUACUUGGAAAAGGUUGUGGCAAUUUAUGAUUAUACAAAAGACAAGGAAGACGAGCUGUCCUUUCAGGAAGGAGCCAUCAUUUACGUCAUCAAGAAGAACGAUGAUGGUUGGUAUGAGGGCGUUAUGAACGGAGUGACUGGGCUCUUCCCGGGCAAUUACGUGGAGUCGAUCAUGCAUUAUUCUGAGUAAAGCUCGGCAGGGCUGUGUUUCCCUCACAGGAAUAGUCAGGUCUUCCCAGACUAUCAAAAGGCCCUGGGGAUACCCCUCCAGUGAAAUGAAGGAAGGAUACAAAUGACACAAACUGCUUACUUUUUUUGGUUUACUCCCCAGUAUUAAAAAAGCAAGCUGAAUCUGAACAAACGGAUCUUUCUGCCAUUAUUUGUACUAUAUGCUGAGCUGUUUGCAUUAAAAUAAAGUGACCGUUUCUAAAUAUGUCCGAGGCAUAACGGCAUAGAACUCUGUAAAACAAAUCAGGUUAAGACUGAUCAGAAAAUCUGGGAUUUUCCUCAGGAAUACUGUACACCCUUGGGAUUUCUCCUUCUGCAGAACCCGGGGCGCUGGAUGUUCCCCAGUGCCUGUGCUGGACGGGCCGCGUCUGGCCCUAGUGCCGAGCCCCAGCCCAGCUGCUUCCACUUGGAUGAGGAGGAGUGAACUAGGAUUUAACUAUCCUACUUUAGCAUUUUUAUAACUGUUUCGAUGGCUUCUUUCCUCGUAACACUGUAAAUCCUGCAUUCCCUCGGCACUGGAGUGCGCUCCGCGAGUUAAUGCUGCUGACUUGCAUCCCUUCGUGUUUUUCAGUUUGUAGACGGGGGAUGACGAAGUGAGUCCCCAGACAUCCUGAGGGUGGUUACUAAUUGCUGGUUUGAUUUUAAUGCGCUGCUGCUGCUGCAUGAGGCCGCACUGCCCCCGAUGCUUGUGGGCCCAGACGUGUGACGCGUGGUCGCCUGGUCCGCACACCGGAGCGGGCGUGCGAAGCCAGGCGGGAGAAGCCAGGCGGGAGAGUGUUGUGUGUCCGCAGGCGCCCUAGACUCUUGCCUUAGGCACUGUUUCCGGAGUAGAACCUCGGGAGGGCAGACCAGCCUUUCCUCCUUUCGCUAUUUAGGAAAACAUUCUUUUUUGGAAAAUAGCAGUCAUUUCCGAGCCUCUUGCCAGUCACUGGGAAUCUGAGGCUUGCGCUGUGCUCCCUGAAUGUUGGUAACGGCCAGUGUCAGCUGCUGCUGAGUUCACUCAGUUCUGAGAAAGGUAAAUACUGUCCCGGUCUUGUGACUGGCUUCUGAAGUCGCUGCUCUCGGUAGGAAUGUGAACCUUCGAUCGUGGACUAAGACUAGUGGGAUAAAAGGUACAAGGCCAAAUAUUCAUCCUAUUACGUAGAUAAAAAUUAAGAUAAUUUGGAGCAAAACAGUAUUUUUUUCUGUCUGAACGAGUUCUAGCUUCACAUUCAGUGGCGUUUGUAAGGCAGACGGCUUUCAUCAUCUGCGAAAUACUGGAAAGAUCCAAGAGGGCUUGCUGCUCGCCAGCAUCAGGACCGAGCUCACGGGCCCAGCGCGGCCGUGGGUUUGUCCCCGUCCCAGGAACUUUGCCAGGCCAUUUCCCAGUGCUGGGGGACAAGGGGAAAGGCAGUGCCAGUGACCACAUUUACUUCAAAUGAAGGCCUUGGACAGGAUAGUGCAGGCAGAGGAAUUCGGUUAAAAAAUGGAACAAGAGCACUCGUGUAUGAGGGAAGCAGAAGUUAGUAUUCCACUUGUAGCUAUGUUCUCUGAGCACAAAACUUCAUCGCCGUUUAACAGGCCUAGAUACAGAGUUCCCGUAUCAAGACUUUUCGUUUUAAAGUUGCAGGGGUUUUCCCCCACACAUUGCAAGUUAGCGAUUUUGCUUUUAGUUUUCUCCGACACUUCGAAUGGGGAAUUUAGCGUUCAUUAACUUGCCUCCACUUCAGGCUUUUGUUAGGUCUUGACAUUCUUUAUGUCCUGUUUUCCUUUAAAGCAGUGGCCCCGAGUGUCCUCUGAGCCUUCAGGUUCAUUAUGGACCAAGACUAUCUACCCGGAUAGGUUAAGCUCUUCUUAGUGUUGGUGUAUAACUAGGGAAACUGUUUUGAAAUUUAGAUGUGUUCCAGUUUUUACUUAAAUAGCUUUGUGCUGAGAAAGCUUAGUGGAUAUUUAAGGCAAGAGCGUAUUUUGAAAUCCGGUAUAGUAUUCACAGCUCACACCUACAGAAGCAGAGAAGAUAAUUGUGCAGAAAAGUUGGUGGCGGUCAGCUCGCCUGUUGGUCCCGGCUGGACUGUGGCGCGCAGACGACGCUGGCGCAGUCCUUCAUACUGGAGACCGGCAGCAGAGGGGGCUACCGGGGUCAGCUGACUUCUUCGGUAUUAUUUAGUACUAAUAUAUACAAUUGUUUUAAAAACACCUUUGAGUUUUCUGCAUAUUUUAAUUUUCUGUACAGUUUUGAAUUCUAUAUAUUGUCUUGGAAGGAUGCUAUGUAAUGAUGAUGAUGGGCCAGGCCUACAGUAAUUGGAGACUUUUAAUGUAUGUAAUAUUUCACAGAUUGCAUGCUAUUAAUAGUCUGUGAAGGUAGUAUUUCUUGAUUUAUCAUAGGUUCCCCCUAUUUGUCUUUUUAUGAACUACAGGAUGGUUGGUAGUAGGAAUUCCAAAUGGAUGCAGAACUCUUACAGGAUAUAUAAUAUUGCGGCAGAGAUGAUCCACGUCUAGACUCUGCUGACUUGUAAGCAACCAUUUUAACAGGAUAGAGGGAAUCUAAAGGGAGAGGGGAUUUUUUUCCAUCUGAAGUGCUUUUCCUUUAAAAAAAAAAAAAAGUGACUUAAGAGUCCCUGUUCCCCCCCUCCCCACCCCACACCUUUUUGGUACUACUGUUCGAAAGGCCACGGGAAAAUGAAUGAAAAUACACUUUUUUGUUGACCUUAUGGCAAGGCAAUCAAUCAAAAGCCAAAAUAGUGUCAAGAUCUAGACCUGAGAGAUUCAGCCUGCUGUAUUUGCAGUAAAUACGAAUCUUUUAAGAUGACAUGUUCAGUGUUCGCCAUUUUUUGGGCUACUUGCUUUCGCCCUCCCUCGGGGCAACUGCCGUUCCCCUCUUAGGGUUGGCAAGGGCCUGCUGGUUUCGCGGUGUUCCUUGCAGUCACUAGGUGAGACACUCUCAUCCCUCCCUUUCUUUCCCCCCUCCUGCUUCCCUUCAUCACCCAGCUAGACAGAAGGUUUAUGCAUCUUGACAGUGACGUCUGUGAUGGAGCUGUGCUCCCCAGCAGUCUUAAGGUGAUGAUUACUUAGGAUUUUUCUGCUUUAGAGGCAUCAAAAUGAUGGUAGUUUGCUUUUAUCUUUUUGUGUUCAUUUUCUUUUAGCAGGUACCUUUCUGCAUUAAGAACGGUUCCUUUAUUUUUAUUACCUUUUCUCCUUGGUGGAGAAGCAUGACAUUGUCCUGAAGGCUACCUUUCCCCUGGAACAGGGUUUGUUGGAGGAAUUGGCAGGUGACUGCCAAGUCUUUGAAAAGAAUGGGGAUCUGAAUCACUUGCCAUCUGUUCCCUUCUGAACUUCUUUCCCAGGAACUCCUGACUGGUGUUAAGGUGAUUUUCCCUCACAUGAUUUACUUAGAAUCGUAGAAUUUUAGAGCUACAUGAGAUUUAAAAAUUUUUAGUUCAUUUUGAUUUUGACUGAGGAAGUUAGAGGUUUCGUUUCAGGUAACAGCUAGUUAACAGCAGUAGAGUUCCUGACUCUGUCAAUGCCUGUACUCUUUCUACAGCUGUCUUAAUUGAAUAUGCUGUAUGUUUUGUUUUUUUAAAUUAUGAGUGCUACUUGAUGUCUUCAGGAAGAUACUUGAAAAGAUAUGCUGUUUUGAUAAAUACCAUCAGUAUUCAAACUGUUUAAAAAGUGUAUUAAGCACAACUUAAUUAGUGAAAAUAAUGUUCACCCUUGUACUACUCCACUCAGUACUCUGUAGCAAAAAUAGGUUACCUGAUUUCAGCACUGGCAGGAGCACAGCAAACAGCCUUACUUGAGAGAGCCUUAUAAAAUAGUUCUUAAACGGAGGCAUUGUGCUCAUAACCUUACAUUUACUUUAUGCUGAUCUUUAUUCCUGUUUCUGAGAAUUUCCUAAUUCUUAAAAAAAAAAAGUUAACAAAUGAAACGAUAGGGCCUAGCUGUAUACAAAUGAUCCUUGCUCAAUAUUUUGUAAAAAACACAAAAACAAAAAGCUUAUUUUCACAUUACGAUGAAUGUGUCUUUUGCAACUUUAGAAUUCUCUGGAAAAGCAGUUUUUCAUAUUUUGUGUCCAUGCAUCUUUUUUCUUAAGAUGGUUUACAAAAAAGAAUGUUAAAACAACGUGUGAUUUGGCCAGUUGUAUUUUAAAGCUCCUCCAGAGAGGGCUGGUGUCCUGAGCGGAGUAGAAAUCCUGCAGGAAGACUCGAGGGAGCAGUCUGUUGCCAGUCAUGUUUCUUGUGUGUGCCAUGAAGCCACCUCCAGCUGAGUGGGGGAAUCUUCACUUUUUAAUUUUGAAAUUGUAUUUGAAAUUGUUGCUGUGUACUAAGAACUUGACUUAAAUAAAAUUCUACAAAGUA